UGCAAGAGCUCCUCAGGCCUCCCCAUGUUUUGGUGCAAGCAAUAGGUGAAGCACUUUUGUAUAUAGCUGAUCACCGCAGGAGUCAGUCCCUUCACCUUAUUUUUGGCGGCAUAUAGGCGUGAACCCAACGUGCGACACACAUGGUUUAUGUCGCUCCAUUUCUCUACUGGAUACUUGACGAGCGUGCUAAGCCUCGAUUCCGUGGUAGUGUCGUCGUCACCAACGUACGUCGGGUAACGCACUCCGCUCGACUCGGCCUCGGCAAAAAGCUGUACAGCUACAUGUUAGGGAGAAAUAAAUAUAACAAAAAGUCAAUGGGGAGAAGAAAAAGGGAGAAAUGAAUUACUCUAUUUUAAAAAAAUGUGACUCUACUUUAAAAAAUAUAUAACAAUAAUGCAAUAAUAGCUUAAAUGAGCAUAUUCCUAACAUUUUCCCCUGUUUCAUUUACAUUUGACAUUUGGUGUAACCCUGUAACACCAAAUGUCAAAUGUCAUCAAAUGUCACCAUUCAAAAUCUUUUACACUAAUGUGCACCUCGCUUCUCUCAGUUUAUCAGCAACUGUCCUCCAAUCCAGUUUCCCGAGCACUUCAGUACUAGAAGUGUCAUAGGGAGAAUAAGUUAAAAUACGUGCUGCCCUGUUUUGUAAUUUUUGUAAUUUUUCCAACAAACCUUUGCUGCAAUUGUCCCAAAGUGUGGUUGGAUAAUUGAUGAAUAAAUGGUUUCAAGAGUAUUGGUAGAUACAUAAGGGCUUAUUCUCUUUGAAGCACUUAUACUAGGUGAUGGUAUAACUAUGCGACUUGGUCUUUGUGGUCAUCGCUCGGGUACCCUGUGUGUCACAAUCCAGUAAAUCAUGCAACUCCCAGGCCCCACUCGGCCCAACUAAAAAGGAGUCAUCGUCAAGUGACACGUCAAUCACGAUGACGGCAUGAGGAUGUUAACUCAAUCACCAAACUGGACAUAACCGGUUUAUAACCAGUCUAACUGGAAAUAACAUUUUUACCACCGCCCCCAAACUUCCGUACUUAUGCUUCAAAGUACUUUUAUGAAAAAGCAAACCCGCAAAGCGAAACAAGAAAUUGAAUAUUGAGAAGUUUUUUUAUUUCCACUGUGACCAUGGACGACCUUUCACGUGGUGAUAAAAGAGGUAAUUGCACAACUAUUAUAGUUUUAUGUUUACAUCCAGUAGGUAUUAUGUUAAAAAAAAAAACGGUUUUGAACUGAGUGCCUUUUUAAGUAUAUGUUUGAAAGGUUUUUCACGGAUUUAUUAUCAGACGAUACUAGCAUUUUAUUUUUAAGAAUAGAAUACUUCUAUUGUACAGAGAAGAAUGUGUGUGUGCAAAGGUUUUGUUAAAACUCGCGCCCAAAAACAAGAUGGCGGUAGUCUUGUGCGCGCUUGUUUACUUUUUUACUAAUUGUGUGUAAACUUCGUUACAGUAAUCAAAAGGCCUAUCCGAAAGAGAAAUAUUAUAGACGUGUUUGUUUUUGUCAACUCAAAUAUUUCAAAAUAUAAUAGUUGUCUUAUUUCUUGUCACCUCAAAUUUUGCAUAAAUAUCAUAGUUGAGUUUAGUUUUGGCACCCAAAAUAUAAUGCAUAAUUAUUAUAGUUUUGGUUGCAUAAAAUAAUGCAUAAUUAUGAUAGUUGUGUUUUUGUUACCUCAGAUGUUUCAUGAAUAUUAUAGUUGUGUUUUAGUUAAAUCUCGUAUACAUACAUAUUGUAGGUGGUGAUCUGUCGUAUUUCUAAAAGUUUCAAAGUUUUGAUGUUACCCCUUUUAUAGUUAAAAUAUCAAUUUUGCACAACAAUUUUCAAUGAAAGAUACUGUACAUGACAGGUGUACUAUUUUGAAAUCCAGGAGUACAAGCAUAAAGUCCUAUUAGCAGACUCUGCCAUAGCAGACUAUAUAAUUUGCAGAUACCAGAUGAAUGUGUAGAUGCUACAUACACUAAUUGUAGACAAACUGAAGAGAAGAACAAUAACAAGAUAAAAAGAGGUGAUGCAGCUGUAGGCGGCAUGCAGUGGUGGGGCCAAGCAGUUUGUCUUCCACAUAUAUUGAUUUCCAUAUUUAGGGGAGUGCUUUUGGUGCCUCCUCUAAAUAUGGAAAUUAAUUGUUACGUGGUAGACAAACUGUUGUCUCUUUAUUAAUACAUGUUUUAACAUUUAUUAUUUUAUAUAAUACACCUAUUUCAAAUGAGGUUACAAUACCAAUGUCACAAACUGCAGUGCUUCAAAGAUAUCAAAUGAGCCAGCAAAUAUGCAUAGAGCAAAGCUUACCCAUGUUUCUUUUUGUGUGUCUUUUGAAUGAACCAAUCAGUGUUACCACACAUUGAUCCUCCAAUGCAAUACCUUGUUUGAAAUAGGUGUAUAAUUUAUAUUUUAAAAAUAUCCUAACCCGUUAUAUUUUAUUAUUCUUGAUCUAAAUAACCAAUAGGUUCUCAUGACAAUACAAUAUUUUAUUAGGUUGUGCAUGAUUUUUCAUUGCCAAAUUAUCAAUGAUAAGACACAAGCAUAAUUUUAUACAUGAAUACUUUUUGAAUGAACCAUUUUAUUUUUUUAUGUCAUUGCAAUAUUUAUAUUGUGGUGUGCACAAUUUUUCAUAACCAAAUUAUAAAGGAUAGGACACAAGCCUAACUUUAGAAAUGAAUAAUUUUGAAUGAACCAUUUUAAUUUCCUGUGUCAAUACAAUAUUAUUUUUAUUAUGGCUUGCACAAUUUUUCACAACCAAAUUAUAUGUGAUAAUGACACCAGCCUAAAUAAAUGCUUUUAAUUUAAAACAAUGAUUUCUUAAUAAUUCAGAAAAACACCUUUUUUAACAUCAUGCAUUUUUCCUACUUACGUGUAUACACCAUUUUCCUACUAAAAGCAAUCCCAUACUGCUGGAUCUCAGCUUUGACUUUUUCAUGUCAAAUAAUGGUGCAUUUGUGCAAUGAUAAUAAAAACAAGCAUUCUCUAAAAGGCACCCAUUUGUUAAUAAAAGUAUUCAAUUCAAUUCAUUCACCCAUCAUAAUCCUGGGUAGUCUUCCUGAGGGAGUGGAGGGAGGUAAAUAUAUCAGUUGUUAUUAAAUACAAAAAUUCAUUAAUUUGAUACAUGAACGUUCAGGAUAGCAGUAUCAGAAUAACCAUUAAACACCCCCCUGAGGGAUAGUAGUUGGGUGAAGUUUAUACCCUAAAAGAUGAUUAUCUACACCCCAUCUUCUUUUUUUAGGAGUCAAACCCCAGGGGGUGGGGGUUAUGGCAGAAAUUAGUAAUGUACCCAAGACACCAGGAUUUACUUGGAAAUGGAUAUUAAAUAUAAAUAACUACUCCAAAGCUAGUUUGCAUCCCCUAUAUCCUUAAAUUUGCUACAAGUAUUGCUAAAAAAGUGCAUCCACGCAGGCUCCGCUUUUAGGCAGUGCCUAAAUCUAUAUAUUAUCUCAUAAAACAGCUUGGUAUAAAAGACACAGAAAACAAAAACAAAUUAAUUUUUACCAAACAAAAACAGACAAAGAAAAUGUCAAUAGAGAUUUUCAUAGAGAAGUGAUAGAAAAAUAUUUUAGAGCUCUUGAAUCUUAAAGGUGUUAGGCCUACCCUGGAAUAGCAGUAGUGACACUAUAGGACUCACAUUUGGCCAACUGUAUGAGAAGGCGCAACAGUCGCCAGCGACGAAGCGAAAUGUGCUAAGUGUUCUUGCAGGUAUGUUCGAUCCCCUAGGAAUAGUAAGCCCAGUAACUGUAGCUUUGCAGCAAGACUAGAGUAGAGUGGCCCCCCUUAAAGAGAUGACAAUACCCAGGUUAGAGCUAAUGGCCACGUUAAUCCUUGCCCGUCUAGUCAGCCAUGUUAAAGAAGCACUAGGCACACUCAUUGAAGUAGAAAGGGAGGUGUACUGGUCAGAUAGCAAAACAGUGUUAUACUGGUUGGCGAACAAAGGUGAGUGGAAACAGUUCGUUAAGCACAAAGUAGAUGAAAUUUUGCAGCUGACUAGGAACGGUGAGUGGAGGCAUUGCUCGGGAGAGCAGAACCCGGCCGACAUUGGGUCACGUGGUACCGUGGUGGAAUGGCCCACACUGGCUGACUGGUCCCGAACAGGGAUGGCCAGCAUUACAGAUCGAGAGAACGCCAGCUGGGGCGGAAGAGGAGAAGGGCACUGUAAGUAUGGUAGUCAACACCAGAGUACCGAAGAGUGACAUAUCUAGUGUAAUCAACCCUAACAAUUUCAGUAAUUGUAUCAAGUUGUUCAAGGUAACAGCGUAUGUUCGGAGAUUAAUGCACAAUGUUAGGGCAGAGAAAGUAGAAGACAGGAUGACAGGCAGGUUAUCUAGAGAGGAGAUGACGAACGCAGAGCUAGAGUGGAUAAAGUCAGCGCAAGUAGACUUGACGCAACAAGCGACGUUUAAUCAGCUGACCAAGCAGCUAGAUUUAGUAGAAGAGGCAGGCAUACUUAGGUGAAGAGGGAGACUGGGUAAUUCCGAGCUUGCGACAGACGCUAGAAUGCCCAUAAUAUUACCGAGAGAUCACAGGCUGACAGAGCUGGUUAUACUAGACUGCCAUAGUAAGUUACACCACAGUGGUGUUAGCGGCACCUUAGCGCAGUUGCGGACAAGGUUCUGGGUUCCGAAAGGUAGACCAGUUGUACAGAAGAUAGUGCAUAGGUGUGUCACGUGUAAGAAGCUAGAAGGCAGGGCAUACGCGCCGCCUCCCGUGGCGGAUUUACCAGGCUUUAAGAGUCACGCAGGCAGAGCCAUUCUCCAAAGUAAGAGUAGACUUUGCAGGUCCUCUCUAUUACAAGAGUAGUACAGGUAUGAUGCAGAAGGCGUAUGUGGCACUUUUCUCGUGUUGCGUGACACGAGCAUUAUAUCUCGAUUUAGUGGUAGAUUUAGAGGCUUGUACUUUCAGGAGAUGCCUUAGAAGGUUUGCAGCCAGGAAGGGAGCUCCAACGCUGAUAGUGUCAGACAAUGCGAAAACGUUCAAAGCCGCAGCAAAGGCCCUGAGGGAGCUAUAUGACCACCCGGAGGUACAAGCAUAUUUAGAGGUCAACAGAGUAUCUCGGCAAUUCAACCUAGAGAAGGCUCCAUGGUGGGGUGGGUUUUACGAGAGAAUGGUAGGAAGCGUCAAGCGGUGUUUGAGGAAGACCUUGGGCGAGGCACGAUUGACCUAUGAUGAGCUAAUUACAGUUUUGGUGGAGGUCGAGAGCACACUAAACGACAGGCCGCUUACAUAUGUGUACGAUGAGGUCGGAGAGAUGGAGCUUACACCAGCCCAUCUAAUGUAUGACAGACGACUAAAUAGCUUUCCAGACGAGGUAGUAGAGCCAGACGAUGUAGCGAAUCCAGACCACAACAGUCGGUUUAGGUAUGUAAGUGCUAAACUCUCCCAUUUUUGUAAGAGAUGGAGUAAGGAGUAUCUAGCUAGCCUUAGGGAGUUCUAUCCUAGUAGUCGUGUCACCGGGCGUCAUAGGGAGGCAGUUCAAGUAGGAGAUGUAGUGACAGUGCACGACGACGGCAGUAAGAGGAGUCAGUGGAAGAUGGCGGUAGUAGAGAAGUUGAUCAAGGGCAGAGAUGACGUAGUGAGAGGAGCGCAAGUUAGACUUGUCAAGAAGGGCAAGCCAUCUCGCCUGGACAGACCAGUCCAGAGACUCUACCCCAUAGAAGUUAGUUGCGCGGACUCGACAGUGAAUCGCAGCGCGUGCGCGGACAGGAGCGUGCAUACCAGAGCCAGGUCCACUCGAGCCGCAGCAUUGCACGCGCAGAAUAGAAUCGCGAUCGGGGUUUGCUUGACUCCUAAGAGUCAAGGGGGGGAGUGUGUUCCGGAAGUUCCGUUUCUGUGUACCGGAAGUUGUUAAAGUUAUUAGUUUAUGAUCACCAAUUAUGUAAUAUGUAAUGAGUAAUAGGAUCGGGUAUCAUUGUACCAGGCACGGGGUGAACUCGUGAGGGAUGGUAAGACAGAUUGUGGAGAGAUGCCCAAGAAAA